CUACUAACCAGCGUCCCCUUUAAUUUUGGCGCAUGCCUGGUGAGUGGGCUCCUUGACGUCGAGCACUGACUGCCUGCUGGGUCUUGUUCGCUGGCUGGCUAGCCUGGCUGCUCGUUGGUGCUAGUGAGUUUCAGUGGACGUGGAAACAUAGGUAGUGUGAAGAAAAAAAACAAACAAAAACACUAGAGCUAUUGAACUUUGUAACCCAUUUCAUCUGUACAAACGGGACUCUGAACCGUGCUGAAUGGAAAGUUAAUGUUUAAAACCAGUGUUCGUAUACGCUUCCAAGGUGGCGACAGAAAAGGUUACAGGAAAGCUGAGUUCUACUCUCUCAUGGGUGAAGAACACAGUGUCACAUACUGUCAGUCAAAUGGCUAGUCAGGUGGCGAGCCCAUCUGCCUCCUUACACACUACCUCCUCCUCCUCCACAACACUCUCCACACCUGCGCUGUCGCCCUCCUCGCCCACCCAGCUCAACCCUGAUGAACUGGAGCUGCUGGCAAAGCUAGAGGAGCAGAACAGGCUUUUAGAAACCGACACCAAGUCCCUGCGAUCCGUUAAUGGAUCGCGGAGAAACAGCGGCUCUUCCCUCGUGUCCAGCUCUUCAGCCUCCAGUAAUCUCAGCCAUCUGGAAGAGGACACCUGGAUACUCUGGGGGAGGAUCGUCAACGAGUGGGAAGAAGUGCGCAAAAAGAAAGAUAAGCAACUCAAGGAACUUGUGAGAAAAGGGGUUCCCCAUCACUUCAGAGCGAUAGUCUGGCAGCUCUUGUGCAAUGCACAGAACAUGCCUAUCAAAGAGCAAUAUUCCGAACUGCUGAAGAUGACCUCACCGUGUGAAAAACUUAUCCGAAGGGACAUUGCACGAACAUAUCCAGAGCAUGAAUUCUUUAAAGAGAAAGACAGCCUUGGACAAGAGGUUUUAUUUAAUGUAAUGAAGGCUUAUUCUCUUGUUGACCGUGAGGUGGGCUACUGUCAAGGAAGUGCUUUUAUUGUUGGAUUGCUGCUUAUGCAGAUGCCAGAAGAGGAAGCGUUCUGCGUGUUUGUUAAGUUAAUGCAGGACUAUCGACUACGAGAACUCUUCAAACCCACGAUGGCUGAGCUGGGUCUCUGCAUGUACCAGUUUGAGUGGAUGAUACAGGAGCAGCUGCCAGAGCUUCAGGUGCACUUCCAGUCCCAGAGUUUUCAUACCUCCAUGUACGCCUCCUCCUGGUUUUUAACCAUCUUCCUCACCUCCUUUCCACUGCCAGUUGCUACAAGGAUUUUUGAUAUAUUUAUGUGCGAGGGUUUAGAGAUUGUGUUUCGAGUAGGAUUAGCUAUUCUUCAAAUGAAUCAAUCAGAAUUAAUGCAACUUGACAUGGAAGGAAUGCUACAGCACUUUCAGAAGGUCAUUCCACACCAGUUGGACAGUGGUCCAGAUAAGGUGAUCCAGACAGCAUAUCAAGUCAAAUACAAUGCAAAAAAGAUGAAGAAGUUAGAAAAGGAAUACACUACAAUAAAAAGUAAGGAGAUGGAAGAACAAGUAGAAAUCAAGAGGUUACGCACAGAAAACCGACUUCUAAAGCAGCGGAUCGAUACGUUGGAGAAAGAAAGUGCUUCCUUGGCAGAUAGAUUGAUCCAGGGACAAGUGACAAGGGCACAAGAGGCCGAGGAAAACUACCUCAUAAAACGGGAGCUGGGCACCAUCAAACAGCAGGGCGAUGAGGCCAGUGCUAAGCUGGAGCACGCUCAGCGUACCAUCAGGGAGCUUCAGGAGCAGCAGCAAGUGCAUAAAUGCCAUCCACGCUACACAGAAGUCUUCGUGCUGCAGCUGGAGCAGGAGCUGGUCCAGGCCCGACUGAAGGAAGCUGAAUCUCAGUGUGCGCUUAAGGAGAUGCAAGACAAGAUCCUCGACAUGGAAAAGAGGAACAAUUCCCUGCCCGAUGACAAUAACGUUGCCAGGCUCCAGGAUGAGCUAAUAGGUGUGAAACUGAGAGAAGCAGAGGCCCUGAUGGGAUUGAAAGAACUGCGUCAGCAAGUGCGAGAUUUGGAAGAACACUGGCAGCGGCAUCUAGCCAGAACUACAGGAAGGUGGAAGGACUCCCCUAGAAAGAACACAGUCAAUGAACUGCAGGAUGAGCUGAUGACGGUUCGGCUUCGGGAGGCUGAGACACUGGCUGAGCUGAAGGAGACCAAGCAAAGGAUGCUGGAGCUGGAAAUGCAGAAUCAGAUCAACAGCAACCACCUGCGGAGAGCUGAGAAGGAGAUGAGAAGCUUGCAGGAGAAGAUGCAGUACCUCACAGCUCAGAACAAGGGGCUGCUUACCCAGCACAAUGAAAUCAAGCGCAAGCAAGCUGAGAUCGACUGCAAGAACAAAGAAGAAGUAAUGGCUGUAAGGCUUAGAGAAGCAGACAGCAUGGCAGUGGUGGCUGAACUGCAGCAGCACAUUGCUGAGCUAGAGAUUCAGAAAGAAGAAGGGAAGUUUCAAGGGCAGCUUGAUAACUCCGGCUAUAAACAGUAUAUCAGGGAAUUGAAGGAUAAGAUAGACGAGCAGAAGGAGGAGAUCCAAUUCUUAAAAAAACAGAGGGGCUUGUCAGACCGACCCACUUCUGAAGGGAUACACAUAGUGAACCACUACAUUGGAGACGAAGAGUCCUUCCAUUUCUCAGAUGAAGACCCAAUGUCCAAUUCCAUGAGUGAGGAUCUGAUCUGCGGCGUUCCUCGUCCGUUUGUACACCACCAUAAAACCCCAAAGGUGCUGCUGCAUGCUAGAAUAGAGGACAGUGACAGUGACAAUGACAAUCCGGAUGAGGGUGGAGAUGGGCUCCUGUACCAGCCUGCCCGGACCAGCAGCCAAAACGAAAUCGGUCAAAAGAACAUGGAAUCCUAUUCCACUACCGUUUGAGCUGGGAGGAUUUUCAAUUCACCCACGGGAUUUAAACAUUUGGCCUGCCUUAACUCUUUCUUCUUAUAUCGGAUACAAAAAACCAGUCAGUCAUUCAAAGUAGAUGGAGGAAGGGAUUAUAAUAUAAUUCUACCUGUCUUUUUAUUGUCUUGCUUAUUGUUGCCAAAUGUGCAUAUCGUUGCCGUGCAGUAGACUGAAAAUGGGUUGAUGAACAAGAGAAAUGGGACACUAGCAGUAUUACGUAAUGUGCUUUUUCUCUUCAUCGUGCUCGUAACAUUAACAUGCCUGGUUUCAAGUGACUGGAAGAGAUACCGUACCAGGGAGACCACCUGAGAUAAAUGUUGUGCAAUAUUGUGUUUUAUGCUUGACGGAACAAAUUUGACAUGUUUUAUUUUUUAAACUGAUCUUUUCUCUUUCCAUUUCUUUGGAUAUAUUUUGUGAGUUGGUUGAUCAGGGCCUUGAGGUAUCUGAUGAGCAAGCUGCCAUUUGAAUCCUAAAAUAGUAAAAUAAUUUUAUUGAAUUGGAAUGAAAUGUAUUUUAAGGGACAACCCUGUGUGUGGUAUUAAUGUGAGCCAAAAUAGGUCACAGCACAGAAAUAUUUCUAUGACAACUUAGUCUGUUUUUUCAUUAUUAUUAUUAUUAUUAUUAUUAUUAUUGUCACAGUAAUAUGACAUUCUGUGUGAGAAAUGGAUGUACAAUAGGCUUUUUAAAAUGUUUGGUUUUUUAUGUGUGUUUUGAUGUGUUGAUAGCAAAUAUGGUCACUUAGUGUUUGUAACGUGUGUGUGUGUGUGUUCUCUCAUUCUUUCUUUAUCUGUACAUCUGUGCAUUGACUUGAAGAUAUGCCUUUUUAUUGAUAUAGCACAAGUGCUGCUGUUGCAGUUUUGCAUCACUUCUAUCAGUCUGCAACCUAAAAAGGGGAUACAGUAGUUUGUAAAUAAAUAUAUAUUCUAACUGAUAGUGUUGCAAGAUAUUACUGAAGUAACACUGAGGUGGAAAAACGGCAUCUGCUCUUGUAUGUUAAAACAUGCUUGCCAGUUAACACUAGCGAUUUAACACCAUGAAAUAUACAUUUACAAAAAUAACACUAUUCUAUUGAAUUCUUAACUUGAGAUUAUAUAUAUAUAUAUAUAUAUAUAUAUAUAUAUAUAUAUAUAUAUAUAUAUAUAUAUAUAUAUAUAUAUAAUUGAUAACAAUUUAAUUAACUUCUUACUGUCCAGCAUUAUUUUUCUCAUUUACAAAACUUAAUAUAAAGAUGGAAAUGCAAAUUAGAUAUAUAUAGCAUCAACUACUGUCUUGAAAAAAGGCCCAGGCUUUUAAAGCUAUGUAAUUAGUUUGGUCUUUUGUUAGUCUUGCCUCCCAUGGCAAUAUAUUCAGCCACCACAAAUCAAAGUAACAUGUUUGCACUAGCACUAUUUUGGUAAAAACAUUAAGACAUAAUUGUGCGUGUGUUGUGCCCAACAUGGCAAACAAAGUCUUUGCCUGAACUGGGAUUCAAAGCUUGGGUUAUUCUGACUACCCAUCAACAGAUUCAGCAAUACAGUAGAUGACAUCGCUCUGGUUGGCUGUUAGUGUAAUGGUUAUGGUUGCCAGGCAUUCUCUAAUCUUAUGCGCUUCAAUCUGUUUAAAAUGAUCAUGGCUCUUAAAGUAUAGUACUUUCCAGACUUUUACAAUGUUAGCAAAGGCUGUUUGAUAUGAGGGAAACUGAAAAGAAAACUUGAAAGUCUUGAAAUUAGUAGGUGGUUUUGAAAAAGGUUUCACAUUUGAAAGCAUACUUUCAAUGACCUUGGCUGUGCCAACCUUUUGGAAGAUUUGUUUAAAGUAUAUAUUACACACACACAUAUAUAUAUAUAUAUAUAUAUAUAUAUAUAUAUAUAUAUAGUUGAGGUAUACAAAUGAUUGUUGUAGUCAAUCAUUUGUAUACCUCAACUAUACAUGCAACUUUUAGAUUUAGUUAACCAAUUAAGUUAUGAUUGUACGAUAUUAAAAGUGUACUUUUUUUUCAAGUUUUACUUUUUGUUGUUCUUAAUCACCAUUUUGUCAGUCAUCGGUUACCACUGACUAUGUUACAAGAAUAAACUAAGUAAAUGAUCACAAAAACAUUUUUUGGUAGAAACUCAAAUACAACUAAACAAAAACCCCAAUUAAAAAGCAGUUUGAUUGCAAGUUUCAAAAUUAGUCAAAUUUAUUGUAAAAAAAAUCUCUUGAGUGGCCACCUGUUCGAAGGAGAGAAUAAUUACUAUUAAUAAGUAAUACAUACAUACAUACAUACAUACAUACAAACUAAAAUAAAUAUUGAAGGAAGCUGUCUAUUCUGAAAUCAGGUUAAAUCCUCAUUUAAGAAAAGAUUUUGUUCCGGGAGAAUGUGAUCAUCUGAAGAGUUUGCUCAAGUAUGCGCUUUGCUUUUCAAUGGUUGAUUGUACACUGGGCAGACUUUUCAGGGUCCUGAAAAUAGAAAUUAUUUUCACACAGGAACCAAGAAAAUAGCGCUCGCUGAGAUCAUACACAUUGAGAUAAGAUUAAUAUACAAGUAGCUUCAUCGCUAUUACUUUCUAUCAGUGCAAGCAUUGCUGGAAAUGGUGCACUACUGCAAGCCCACUUUUUUUAACACUAGUGUGUGGUCAAUAUAUGCGUACUCACCUCACUGUGUGAUUUUGAUAUAUCACUUGAUAUUAAAACAAGUAUUGACUAUAUAAAGUGAAGCAGGAAAUGGUCAUGGAACAGAUUAAACGCGUACUAUGACUCGCAGCCGAAGGAAUGAGAUCUCAAAAGAUGGCUGCUUAAUAUACUGUUUUACCCAGUAUUGUAGGUUAGGCAACUCUAUACGACAGUUUGUCUAGUUUUGAGUUUCUUGAAAAGGCUUGCAUGAAAGAGGAGAUAAACAAAAACCUGUCUAAAUAUACCGUUAGACUGCUGUUGUAACAAUUGUCAUCUUUGCCACUGCAUGGCCUUUCCUGAACGUCAUGUGUACACGACAUGGGUUUUAUAUACUAUACUUGUAUAUAGUUCUAUAUGCAGAAGCUCACGUUAUAACCGCGUGUUGACCUCAUAAGCACGCAUGGAGAGAUCAGAGACGCUGUCAGCUCUUAGAAGGAUCUCCGAUUUAUAUUGGAUUCCUGCGCAUCGCACAUAUUGUGAACACCACCUUUAGAAGCAGCUGGCUGAACUAUAUGAUUGCUGAAGAUUCAUGAAACCUGCACGUAAUUAUACAAACUAUGUAGCUCUUGUCGUUGUCCUUAAGGAAUUUGUUUCUGACAAAAUGAAUAAAGAAUAAUAUAAACUAUA